GGCUUUUUAGUCGAUGGUAUCUCCUUCGCGCUCGACGAACAACACUGUCGGAGGACCUGAUCGUUGCAGCCGUCUUGGUAGACAUCGCCUCAUGCAUCUUAAUUCACUUUCAGAUUCAUACAGGAAUGGGGAAACAUAUUGAGUACUCGCGCGCUCGCCCGAAAAUGCUUAUAGAGAGUAUGAAGAUCGGAGUAGCGCAGAACACGACUUACCAAGCGCUGGUCGGCCUGAUCAAAAUGAGCAUUCUCGUCCAGUUUCACCAACUCGCUCUGCCAGGGAUGCAAAAGCGUGUGAUUGUGUGGGUUGGCGUCUUUGUAUUGGUGUUCACCCUGUUUACAGUAUUUGCUGCGAUCUUCCAAUGCAUUCCAAUGCAUGCUGCAUGGGACAUCGACAAUUUCCCUAAAGGAUGCUGGAAUAUGAUGGAGGUGAACUUCUUCACGUCCUCUAUAAACACGCUUCUGGACAUUCUCAUCUUCGUGCUCCCCAUCCCGACCAUGCAAAAGCUACAAAUCAACUCAAAGAAGAAAGUAACAUUAGCCGUAGCAUAUGCUAUGGGUCUGUUAGCCCUUGCAUGCUCGAUUAUUAGACUAAGGAAUAUCAUUCACUUCAAUGGUGAGGGCGAUUUCACUUACAUCGCGUCCAUGGUUCCAGUCUGGGGCGCCGUUGAGUGCAAUGCCGGCAUUAUCUGUGCAUCAUUUCCGUUUGUUGUACCCCUGUUCAAAUGGAUAGGUGGCUCUGUCACUGAUACCGUGUCCGGGUCACAUCUAAACCCUCUACCAGGAAGGGAUCAUGAACAACAACGAUCUGACAAGAUGAGCUGGCCGCUGACUUCUAGACGUCAGACUGACCGGCAGCGCAUAUGCUCCGAGUCAACAGAAAACAUAAGAGUCGAUUCUGAGACCACAAUUAUCUUUUCUCAUGCAACAACGAAGGCCGAUGGGCAGCAUGUCGAGAAUUUCUAGCUACAAUGGGCUGUGAUGCUACGCCUAAGCUUUGCGUGCACUAAGAAACUAUAGGUUAGCUGCUUAAUGUAUCAGUGCACGGCCAGAUAUGUCUUACACCGUGAACUCUGACGUACUUCGGAUGGACUGUCAACGCAAGCCCGAUGUAAGAGUAUACGCGCUUCUCUAGAUGUCUUAGUAGAUCGGGAGCUGACGUAAUAAGUGUUUAAGCGCUUAGGAAGCCGUUAAGUCUUAGAGGUAGCGCGCGACCAUCUUAAAGAUUAGCAGCGAA